GCGAGACGCAUACAUUUACAACCCGUCGGAUCAUCGUGAGCAAUUCCCCCAACCAAUUGAGCCUCUCAGUCGGCACGAUAUCCUCAUCCUGGGGAAGCUUGCAGGGCCAAGGUGGUACAUGCGAAAGUAUCGACGACGCUAACCAGACCCCAGCCCUCACAGGACCCCCCUCUUUCACCCCUUACAUACCAGCAAGCGCUCUAUCAGCCAGACCACGGCGAUGUUCAAGGUUGGAGGCGACUUUGAGCAGGUCCAGGCCUCCCGGCCCGACUUUAACCGCGACGCCGAAGUCACGUACUCGAAGCCCCCCAAUCCCGACUGGAAACAAGGCGACGGCGCCAACGAUGGCGGCGAGAGUUUGAAAAAGAACCAUAUCGAAAUCGACCCUUACGAAGAAGGCCGGCCGGCCACGUCCAACUACAAGUUCCUGAUCUCCGGCAUGGUCCCUCGGCCGAUUGCGCUGAUCAGCACCCGGUCCAAGGACGGCCAGUCGACCAACUUGGCGCCGUUCAGCUAUUCCCAGCUCGUCAACCACGAUCCCCCCCUCUUCGUUGUGGGCUUUGUCGGGGGCCUUGACCGCGCCAAAGACACGCUGAAGAACCUCGCCGAGACCGAAGAGUGCGUGAUCAACAUCGUCUCGGAGCAUUUUGUCGAGGCCGCCAAUGCGACCGCGAUCAACGCGCCGUACGGGGUUUCCGAAUGGGAGGUCUCGGGGUUACACCAAGCGCCGAGCUCGGUCGUUCAGGCCGCCCGAGUCAAGGAGUCGGUGUUGGCCAUCGAAGGCAAGCUCGUGGAGACCAAGGAGUUCGAGAGUCGCCAGGUGCCGGGCAAGAAAACGGGAGUGCUGGCCAUCAUCGAGGGCGUGCGAUUCUGGGCACGGGAUGACGCCAUCGACGCAGACAAGAGCGUUGUUGACCUCAAAGUGUUGAAGCCGAUUAGUCGAUUGGGUGGCAUCCAGUACGGACGAACCACCGAUGCGCUGGAGAUCCCAAGACCGCAAUUUUAGACACUAGACCUGGGAAAUAUACUUUGUAAAUUUUAGCCAAUGGGAAUGGAAUCA